GUUGUUACCAGUUGUACGGUAGCGUCACAGAUCACAGUGCUACCCACGUCGUCUGCAGUCUGCAAUUUAGUUGUUUGAUGUUUGGGAGAACUGUUUGUGGUUUUUCUAGCAGAAGUCAGUGUAAAAUUUAUUAUUGGUGCAUAAAGCUCACUAUCUGUAAACUCUUAUGUUUGCUGAGAAGUGUUGACAAUCCUUAAUUGAUCACAAGCAUAAUAAACACUGCUGUUUACAUGUAAGAUUAUUUGCAAGUGUUCCUUAUCUUUACACAUAGCGAGGAAGAAGUAUGUCAGGAGACAAAAAAGUUAUUUUAGUGACAGGUGGUACCGGCCUUGUGGGUAAGGCCAUACAGACAGUCGUGGCUGAAGAUGAAAGAACAGACGAACAGUGGAUAUUUCUAGGCUCAAAGGACGGGGAUUUGAGUGAUAAGGUACAAACCAAAGCCAUUUUUGAGAAAUACCGUCCAACACAUGUUAUCCAUCUUGCUGCCAUGGUGGGUGGCUUAUUCCACAAUAUGUCCCACAAUUUGGACUUCUUGAGGAAAAAUAUUCAUAUUAAUGACAAUGUGUUGCAGACUAGUUUUGAAACUGGUGUUGUGAAAGUAGUUUCAUGUCUCUCGACAUGCAUUUUUCCGGACAAAACAACAUAUCCUAUAGAUGAAAGAAUGGUCCACAAUGGGCCACCACAUCCUUCCAAUUUUGGAUAUAGUUAUGCAAAAAGACUGAUUGAUAUCUACAAUAGAGCAUACCACGAGCAACACGGCUGCUGCUUUACUUCUGUAAUACCGUGCAAUGUGUUUGGACCUCACGACAACUUCAGCCUUGAGUCUAGCCAUGUUAUUCCUGCUCUCGUUCGCAAGAUGCAUGACCAAAUACAGAAAGAUAAUUCGGAAAAUGCAACAUUCACUGUGCUAGGCACUGGAAAACCGCUGCGUCAGUUCAUCUUCUCAUUGGAUCUUGCAAGACUUUUCUUGUGGGUACUACGAGAGUACAACAAUGUGGAUCCCAUAAUCUUAUCUGUUGAUGAGGAAGAUGAAGUAACAAUAAGUAAAGCUGCAGAAACCAUAGCCAAAGCUUGGGACUUCCGCGGUCGCCUGGUCUAUGACACCAGUCAGGCAGAUGGUCAACACAAGAAGACAGCCAGCAAUGCAAAACUUCGCAGCUUCCUACCUGAUUUCAAAUUUACUCCAUUUUCUGAUGCUAUUCAGCAGACUGUUGAGUGGUUCCGUGAAAAUCACAAAACAGAUGCUCGUUUGUAGGCAUAUUUCAGGCUUUAUCAACUUGUUACAUAUCACUUGUUCACAUGUUUCAAAAUGGGAAGCUAACGGCAUUAAGUUAACUCUGAGAAAGAAAGGGGGGGGGGGGGGUGAUAAGGGAAAGGAGGGGUUUAAAUUCCUGUGACACCCAAAGCCUUUAACUGCAUCUUUUUGUAACAAUUUCUGAAUUUUAAGUUUAAAAUUGAAAGCAGCUACAUGUUAGAUUGAACUUAAUUUCCAUCAUCACCAUGGUUCUGUUGCUUCCUUAGUGAAAAUUUUGAGAAUGAUUGAAGACUCCCACUGAAAGACAUUCUCAAAUAUUUUCAGUUUUAGUUUUCAACUGUUUCAUGAAAGACAUCAAGUAAGUUCCUUACUAGUAUUUAAUGGAGAACACUUUGUUUUGAGACUUAGUGUCAGUUGUGAGAACUUCGCAGUUUGUGAAUUGCAAGAUGUGUAAUACCUCAGAAAUCCAUUGUUAUCUGACUACUGUAAUGGAUUUAACAGAUCACAAGAAGAUAAAUAAAAGAAAUCAAAAUAGUAGAGUUUAUAUCAUGAGGAUCUGUAGAUCGUAUUACAGUAGUUUUCUUGAAGAAAAAUUGCGUAUAUUUUGUAAUGAAUCAUAUUUGAGCCUUAUAUACACUUCUUCCAUUAUGAGGCUGUGCAACUAUGUGAACAGUUUC